AUGCAGGGACGCGAGCAGAGUCAGCAACGUGAACAAAACUGUCAGAGCCAACUGGGCGAGAUGCAGCAGCGACACGAUAAUUUGCAGCUGAGGUACUCAAACGAAAUACAGCAACUCGAACAAAGACAGCAGCAUCUUCAACAAAGCUUUCAAAGUCAACUGAGCGUCACGCGGCAACAAAAAGACGUUUUCCAGAAGCACUUUAACGAAAUACAUCGACGCGAACAAAGACAGUUAGCGGAGAAGAAGCAACUUGAAAAAACCUUUCGGAGCCAACUGACCGAGUUGCGACAACGAGAAGGUAAUUGGCGGAGGCAGUUGACCGAGAUGCAGCAACGUGAACAAAACGUUCAGGGCCGACUGAACGCGGCCCAAAACGAAAUGCAGCAACGUGAACAAAACUUUCAGGGCCAACUGACCGAGAUGCGACAACGAGAGAGUAAUUUGCAGAGGCAGUUGACCGAGAUGCAGCAACGUGAACAAAACGUUCAAGGCCGACUGAGCGCGGCCCAAAACGAAAUGCAGCAACGUGAACAAAACUUUCAGGAUCAACUGACCGAGAUGCGACGACGAGAAGGUAAUUUGCAGAGGCGGUUGACCGAGAUGCAGCAACGUGAACAAAACGUUCAGGGCCGACUGAGCGCGGCCCAAAACGAAAUGCAGCAACGUGAACAAAACUUUCAGGGUCAACUGACCGAGAUGCGACAACGAGAAGGUAAUUUGCAGAGGCAGUUAACCGAGAUGCAGCAACGUGAACAAAACCUUCAGGGCCGACUGAACGUGGCCCAACGACGAGAAGAAAAUUUGCAACAGGAGGUAAACGAAAUGCAGCAACGUGAACGCGGCUUUGAGAACCAACUGCAACAACGUGAAAGAGACUUUGAGAGCCUGCGUAGCGAGAUGCGGCAAGGAGAAGAAAGUUUACAAAGGCGGUUAAACGAACUACACAGUGAAAAUUCUGAACUACAGUUAAGUCUAUCAACGGCCCAGCAAACAUUGGAUGGCCUGCAUCCCCAGGAAACACGCGAUUGGGUUAUUUCCCGCGAUGAAAUUCAAGUCACAGACAAACUGCUUGGACGGGGCGGCUGGGCAAGUGUUUAUGAGGGCGUGUAUUGCGGCUGCCCUGUAGCAGUGAAACAAAUCUAUGAUUUGAUCCUUUCUGAUCACAACAUUCGUCUAUUUGAGAGAGAAAUGAGUAUAGCAUCUAAGUGCCGCCACCCUCAUUUACUACAGUUUGUGGGUGCCACGAAUGACGAAGAGAGUCCUUUAUUUGUGACCGAGCUCAUGAUGAAAAGUCUGCGGGAUCUAUUGCAAGAGAGAGAGCUCUUAGUAGAAGAAAUAUAUGUUCUUUGUCUUGAUAUCGCUCGUGCCCUUAACUAUCUUCAUCAGAAGAAACCAGUACCCAUCAUUCAUCGGGAUGUGAGCAGUGCCAAUGUGUUGCUAUGGCGACAGGGUGACCAAUGGAGGGGUAAAGUGUCAGACUACGGCACUGCUAAUUUCAUGCAGCAGACCAUGACAGUGGGUCCCGGUGCUAUGAUUUACAGCGCACCUGAGUCAUCUACACCAAACCAGACAGUCAAGGUUGUUUUAUUUUUCACCAAUUAAUUUAGAUGUAAAACCCUGAAAGCGUGAACACCAGAAAUAUUUGUGGAAUGUUGUUCUGUUGGAAUUAGAAAUCCUAUCAAGCGCGAGAAAAAUAAACUGCAAGCAGUGGUGGUCACUAGUUUGUUGUUUGUUCAACAAAUCGACAACAAUUUUCUAUGGUCUACUCUUAUCGACCAUAGAAAUGACAUCAAAAUGUUCAAAACUCAAGUGUAACCACCUACAGGCGAGUGGUUUCACUGCAAAGUUUAGAUCAUGGUUCGGUUCAAAUUGCUUUUUACAAUAAUCAUUAUCAUUGAGCUUCUCCGAAAAUCGCGCGCGGGAGGAAAACAAAGACAGAAACAAACUGCAAAGCGCCACCUAGGUCAUUUGCAUGGUUUGUACUCUUAUCUUACUAUAGCUCUCGACCAAAUCGCUCAGUGGAUUUUGCUUGCUUAAUUGGUCACUAAACAAUCAACCUUCCUUAAAUAUUUAGGUGUUUUUGCUUUUCUGUGUUUCCCUCAAAGGAGUAGACGUUUUCCUCUCCACCUAAGUAUACGUUAGUUGUCAGCCUAACAGUUUUCAAAGUUCCUUAAUUUGCGUGGGAGACAUUUUGUGUGACACGAAGCUGUGAUUUCGUCAUUCAAAGGUAAUUUCUCAAGUUUCAUAACGAGUAAAGACGCGUAACAAAAUGAACUAGAAAGCCCCUUUAAGCUUAAAUUACAAAAUUCGACAGCUAAGCAUACUCGUAUGCUGCAAAUGAAUCCACCUUAAUACUGGUAUUCACUCAGUGUUUUACGUCUUUUAGGUUGAUGUUUACAGCUUUGGUGUUCUACUUUGUGAAAUGUUUAUCCGCGAGCUGCCAGAUCCUACACGACGUGAAGAACAAGUGGUGCGUGUGAGGAAUGGCACAUUUAGAAGCCUUGUACGGCGAUGCCUACCUAUAAAUCCGGAAUCAAGACCAAGCGUGGAAGAGAUAAUUAACUAUGUUAUGCAGCUGAACGCAGAAUUGUAA